AUGGAAGGCGACAGAGGCGACAGCGGCGACAGCGGCGACAGAGGCGACAGAGGCGACAGAGGCGACAGAGGCGACAGAGGCGACAGAGGCGACAGCGGCGACAGAGGCGACAGAGGCGACAGCGGCGACAGCGGCGACAGAGGCGACAGAGGCGACAGAGGCGACAGGGGCGACAGCGGCGACAGAGGCGACAGAGGCGACAGGGGCGACAGAGGCGACAGAGGCGACAGAGGCGACAGUGGCGACAGAGGCGACAGAGGCGACAGAGGCGACAGUGGCGACAGAGGCGACAGAGGCGACAGAGGCGACAGAGGCGACAGUGGCGACAGAGGCGACAGAGGUGACAGAGGCGACAGAGGCGACAGAGGCGACAGUGGUGACAGAGGCGACAGAGGCGACAGAGGCGACAGAGGCGACAGCGGCGACAGAGGCGACAGUGGCGACAGCGGCGACAGAGGCGACAGAGGCGACAGGGGCGACAGGGGCGACAGAGGCGACAGGGGCGACAGUGGCGACAGAGGCGACAAAGGCGACAGUGGCGACAGAGGCGACAGAGGCGACAGAGGCGACAGAGGCGACAGUGGCGACAGAGGCGACAGAGGCGACAGAGGCGACAGUGGCGACAGAGGCGACAGAGGCGACAGAGGCGACAGAGGCGACAGAGGCGACAGAGGCGACAGCGGCGACAGAGGCGACAGCGGCGACAGAGGCGACAGAGGCGACAGAGGCGACAGAGGCGACAGUGGCGACAGAGGCGACAGAGGCGACAGUGGCGACAGUGGCGACAGAGGCGACAGAGGCGACAGAGGCGACAGAGGCGACAGUGGCGACAGAGGCGACAGAGGCGACAGAGGCGACAGAGGCGACAGUGGCGACAGAGGCGACAGUGGCGACAGAGGCGACAGUGGCGUCAGCGGCGACAGAGGCGACAGAGGCGACAGAGGCGACAGAGGCGACAGAGGCGACAGAGGCGACAGUGGCGACAGAGGCGACAGUGGCGACAGAGGCGACAGUGGCGACAGCGGCGACAGAGGCGACAGAGGCGACAGUGGCGACAGAGGCGACAGUGGCGUCAGCGGCGACAGAGGCGACAGAGGCGACAGAGGCGACAGAGGCGACAGAGGCGACAGUGGCGACAGAGGCGACAGUGGCGACAGUGGCGACAGCGGCGACAGAGGCGACAGAGGCGACAGUGGCGACAGAGGCGACAGUGGCGACAGAGGCGACAGAGGCGACAGCGGCGACAGUGGCGACAGUGGCGACAGCGGCGACAGAGGCGACAGAGGCGUGACGGCACGAGACAGGCUGGGUGAGGGGGUGGUGGGGGCGGGAGGCAUCAUCCCCCCCUCCAUCAGCGUCAUCAAGUCGCAGCCGGGCCGGCUGUGGGAGCAAAGCGGCCCAACUGCCCGCUGUCCGCGCGGCGCCGCCGCCCCCGGCGCCGAGGACCCCGCCCCCGCGCCCCCAGGGGGACCCCCCGGAGCCGCGCCCCCGGAGCUGAAGUCCCCGCCCCCGCCGCCCCCGGGAGCUGAAGUCCCCGCCCCGCCGCCCCCGGAGCUGAAGUCCCCGCCCCCGCCGCCCCCGGAGCUGAAGUCCCCGCCCCCGCCGCCCCCGGAGCUGAGUCCCCGCCCCCGCCGCCCCCGGAGCUGA